AAGAUGGCGCCGACAAGAUUUGCCAACUUUCCAUCAUGGGUGUCAUUUUCAUGGUUUUUGGGGUCGCUUAUAGCGAAUAUGGAGUCAAAAUCAAAAUCCAAGAUGGCGCCGACAAGAUUUGCCAACUUUCCACCAUGGGUGUCAUUUUCAUGGUUUUUGGGGUCGCUUAUAGCGAAUAUGGAGUCAAAAUCAAAAUCCAAGAUGGCGCCGACAAGAUUUGCCAACUUUCCAACAUGGGUGUCAUUUUCAUGGUUUUUGGGGUCGCUUAUAGCGAAUAUGGAGUCAAAAUCAAAAUCCAAGAUGGCGCCGACAAGAUUUGCCAACUUUCCACCAUGGGUGUCAUUUUCAUGGUUUUUGGGGUCGCUUAUAGCGAAUAUGGAGUCAAAAUCAAAAUCCAAGAUGGCGCCGACAAGAUUUGCCAACUUUCCAACAUGGGUGUCAUUUUCAUGGUUUUUGGGGUCGCUUAUAGCGAAUAUGGAGUCAAAAUCAAAAUCCAAGAUGGCGCCGACAAGAUUUGCCAACUUUCCAACAUGGGUGUCAUUUUCAUGGUUUUUGGGGUCGCUUAUAGCGAAUAUGGAGUCAAAAUCAAAAUCCAAGAUGGCGCCGACUCGAUUUGCCAACUUUCCAUCAUGGGUGUCAUUUUCAUGGUUUUUGGGGUCGCUUAUAACGAAUAUGGAGUCAAAAUCAAAAUCCAAGAUGGCGCCGACUAGAUUUGCCAACUUUCCAUCAUGGGUGUCAUUUUCAUGGUUUUUGGGGUCGCUUAUAGCGAAUAUGGAGUCAAAAUCAAAAUCCAAGAUGGCGCCGACAAGAUUUGCCAACUUUCCAACAUGGGUGUCAUUUUCAUGGUUUUUGGGGUCGCUUAUAGCGAAUAUGGAGUCAAAAUCAAAAUCCAAGAUGGCGCCGACUCGAUUUGCCAACUUUCCAUCAUGGGUGUCAUUUUCAUGGUUUUUGGGGUCGCUUAUAACGAAUAUGAAGUCAAAAUCAAAAUCCAAGAUGGCGCCGACUAGAUUUGCCAACUUUCCAUCAUGGGUGUCAUUUUCAUGGUUUUUGGGGUCGCUUAUAGCGAAUAUGGAGUCAAAAUCAAAAUCCAAGAUGGCGCCGACAAGAUUUGCCAACUUUCCAACAUGGGUGUCAUUUUCAUGGUUUUUGGGGUCGCUUAUAGCGAAUAUGGAGUCAAAAUCAAAAUCCAAGAUGGCGCCGACUUGAUUUGCCAACUUUCCAUCAUGGGUGUCAUUUUCAUGGUUUUUGGGGUCGCUUAUAACGAAUAUAAAGUGAAAAUCUAAGUUCAAGAUGGCGCCGACAUAAAUAUAUAAAUGACCAUGCCAGAUCAUGCCCCACUUAAUUUCAUCAAUGUACAAAAAAUGUAAAUUAAUCAAAAUUAUGCAAUGAAAAUAAGACCCUUGGUUACUUAAUUAUUAUUCUGAUAAACUUGCGGAUAAAAAUUAGGAAAUAAAAAGAAUUUUAAAAACCCAAGGCCUAUUUCCUGUAUUUAUCGCGACCCUCUGCGUUUCUUAGUACGCUUGCACAAGGAACAAAACGAGUAAUUCAAUAAAAAAAAAGAUUUAUUAAUGUAAUGUGUACGAAUUUUAAUAUGAAUUUGGUUUUAAUACAUACUGCUAGUUAUUUUUUUUUAUAAUAUAUAUUAUAAUGAAUGCAUAUUAUAAUUAUGAUUUCGUGUUUGAACGUUAGUGAUUAGAUGUAACGAAACCUCAUUGGCGUGCGUGUGUCAUUAUGUCCAAAAAGUCAUUAUUUGACAUUCGCUCUGUCUGUUCUGUUUACAUUGUUGUUU